GCGGUGUGUGAGGAGAGAGCUGCUUUCUGGGAUAUUUGCUGGGAUCAACAGACAUGGACGAGUAUGCAAAGAUAGAAAAAAUUGGAGAGGGUACUUACGGGGUUGUCUAUAAAGGGCGACACAAAGCAACUGGUCAGAUUGUUGCCAUGAAGAAGAUACGUUUAGAAAAUGAAGAGGAAGGUGUUCCAAGCACAGCUAUCAGAGAAAUCUCUCUCCUUAAGGAACUUCAACACCCCAAUAUCGUGUGCCUUCUAGAUGUUCUAAUGCAGGAUUCCCGGCUAUAUCUUAUAUUUGAGUUUCUUUCCAUGGAUUUAAAAAAGUAUUUGGACUCCAUCCCCAGUGGUCAGUACUUGGAUGCUAUGCUUGUUAAGAGUUACUUGUAUCAGAUCCUGCAAGGCAUUGUAUUUUGUCAUGCCAGAAGAGUUUUGCACAGGGACCUAAAGCCUCAGAAUCUUUUAAUAGACAGCAAAGGUGUCAUAAAACUUGCUGACUUCGGGCUUGCCCGAGCAUUUGGAAUCCCAGUCAGAGUUUACACGCAUGAGGUGGUGACCUUGUGGUACAGGGCACCAGAGGUCCUUUUGGGCUCUGUCAGAUAUUCUACACCAGUUGAUGUGUGGAGCAUAGGUACGAUAUUUGCAGAAAUUGCUACAAAGAAACCGCUGUUCCAUGGAGAUUCUGAGAUAGACCAGCUCUUCCGAAUAUUCAGAGCUUUAGGGACACCCAACAAUGAAGUGUGGCCGGAGGUGGAAUCACUACAAGACUACAAGAAUACAUUUCCAAAAUGGAAAGGAGGCAACUUGUCUUCUAAUGUGAAGAACAUUGACAAAGAUGGCCUGGACUUGCUCGCUAAAAUGCUAAUCUAUGACCCAGCAAAAAGAAUUUCUGCCAGAAAAGCCUUACUUCAUCCGUAUUUUGAUGAUUUGGAUAAGUCGAACCUUCCUGACAACCAGAUUAGGAAUUAACCACCUGAUGCCCUUUCUGGACUCAAAUUCUAUGGAUCACCACUGAAGUUUUGUUUGUUUUUUUCACUGUAUGUAUUUGUAUGUCUAUUUUUUGUGUAUUCCCUAUGCAGCUGCAGUCUCUGUAGAUUACAGUACUUGCAUGUGAACGUUGCCUUUAACACUUGUAAAUAUUGACCCCAGAGCUAUGUACAAAUAAGAAAACCCAGCAAUGAUUUAAUAAAGCUCUAUAUUCACCAUUCU